AUGGUAAAAGCUACUCUUAUGGAUAUUGUACGGCAACACAAACAUGAACACUGCGACAAGUAUGCCGUGGACGAGAUGGCAGCGGAGCGUGGAGUCACUGUUUUACGUUUGCCUCCUUACCAAUGUGAGCUCAAUCCCAUUGAGCUGAUUUGGGCGCAGGUCAAAGAGUAUGUUGCAAGAAACAACAAGACCUUCAAAAUGAAAGAUAUAAAAAAACUUUUCGAAGAAAGACUAAAUGAAGUGACUGCCGAAAAGUGUAGUAGCUGCGUGGCUCACAUAAUAAAAGAAGAAGACAAAAUGUUUAUUCUCGACCACAUGAUCGAUAGUGUCUCAAACAAGUUUAUAAUAAAUUUACUGACAGUGACAGUGAUGAUAUUAUAUCUGAUGACGAUGAAUAAAAAAAUGUAA